GGAAGAAACCGACACACGUUGAGAGCUGAUGGCUAAGCUAAGCUAGUGAACUCCAGGACCAAAGCAAGCCAAGUUUCUCCUACCUUCAGCGGUUCUUCCGGUGAUGCACCGAAGCAGCAAAUUUGUCUUGAAGCUCAGAGAAACCGGCAAGUGUUUAGCCCUUUUUGGCGUGUAUCCAGUUGUAUGUGCUGUGGUGUUGUUGCUUGCACCUGCAUGUGACUGUGCACGAGGGGUUUAUCCUGCAUGAGUGACAGCAGCGCCAAAGGAGAGGAAAGGAAGCUUUAAAUGAGUGGGAGGCAGGGGGUCAUGGAGGAGGAGUGACAGAAUUAUUGAGUGAAUUAAUUCAGCCUUUGCCAGCCCUGAUUGACUGUAUACCGCAAACUUGCAAGUACAGUACAAACAGUCUCGCCAUGGAGGAAGAAAAGGGAGAAGACACGUUCUUUCCAAGAAGGAGAAGUUUUACUUUCGGUGCGUAUGGAAGUGUGGACAUAUCCGGGGAUGAGACAGGAACGGAACCUGCGGACAACAACACAAUGGACAUCUUGGACUGCCUUGUCAAUGACACCAAACCAGGCCUGUCUGCCAGCAUCAGCCAGAAAGACACAGAGCUGUUUGAAAUAAUUGAAAAAUUGCAGGGCAGCAGACUUGAUGAGCAACGAUGUGAAUUCCCCCUGCCUCUUAAGUCUCAGUUUUUGACCAUAGGUGGAGAGCUGCCAAUCAUCCUCCCUUCAAAGCUAGGGCGCUACUGGAUAGAUCCUCCUUUGCAUAGGCUUGCAGACAUCAGUCCCACCUCCUCCCAUUACAGCUUUAGAGCAGACAGCAACGAACUCAUGGAAAGGGAUGGCGAAGCCAAAAUCUACCAUGACUUCUUUCGCUCACGGUAUCACCAUUCAUUCACAGCAGUGGAUCCAACAUUAGGCCCAUUAGUUCUAUCUGUGUGUUUGGAGGAAGAAGAUAAUAGGAUGCGAGUCAUACUAAGAAUGAAAGAGUACACACGACAUGGCGUUUUCUCUCUGUCGCUUUUUUCCGGCAUUCCGUCUGCUGUAGAACUAGCAAAGAUGCUGUGUGACAGAGUGACUGUGUCAAAAUUUGAAGCAGUCACCUACCUCAAGGCCCCGGGACUAAUAAGUGCAUUUGAUGAACAUAGAAUGUCUUCCAAUUUCAAGUUUGGCGUAUUAUACCAAAAGGAGAAUCAGUUUACUGAGGAGGACAUACUCGGUAACGACGAGGAAAGUGCUGAGUUUACUGAGUUUCUCUCUAUCUUGGGAGACACGGUUCAACUUCAUGGCUUCACUGGGUUCAGAGGAGGUCUUGAUGUGUGUCACGGCCAGACAGGAAGUGAGGCCAUCUUCACUUCCUUUCACGGCAGAGAAGUCAUGUUCCAUGUAGCGACUAAAUUGCCAUUCACAGAGGGUGAUCCCCAGCAGCUGCAAAGAAAGAGACACAUUGGUAAUGAUAUUGUGGCGCUGGUUUACCAGGAGGGUUCAACUCCUUUCCUUGCUGAUGUCAUUAAGUCACACUUCCUGCACUGCUUUAUUGUGGUCCGGAGGGUUCAGAGUGGGAAGACCGACGAUACUGGCCAAACUGCAUAUCAGAUAUCUGUAACAGCCAGAGAGGAUGUUCCUCUAUUUGGUCCCAUCCUUCCAGAUCCUCCAAUCUUUACAGAUCACUCCCUACUGAGAGAAUUCCUCCUGACCAAACUCAUCAAUGCAGAGAUUUCCUGCUAUAAAGCUGAGCAGUUCAGCAGGCUGGAGCUGCGCACUCGUUCAUCACUUCUGGAGAGUCUGCUGGCAGAACUCUCCACCCGUUCGCACUGCAUGCUGGGAGAUUCGUUAUCCUCUCUCCCCACUGCUGAGAGUGUCAGAGGGGCAUCUGAAAGCAGCGGGGGAUUCAUAGAGAACUUUAAGAGGGCCAUCAGAGUGCGGAGUCAUUCCUUCGAGACCCUCGGAGUGCCGAGGAAGAUCAGUGGCAUUUCAGUACAGAAACCAAAGGCAGACAAGGAUUCAGAGAGUGAAAGCAUGGCACCAGAUCCAGCAAGUCCUCAAGAGGAGGCAAAGAAGAACUCAUCAUUAUAGCCUUUAUGUUGACCUCAUUAUGUGUGGAUGACUUUUGUAAAUAGUCAUGGUAGCGUUGCUGCUGAUGUGAUUAUUAUACUGCAAAGCAGUAAUAUGUGUGAUAUGAGAUAUUUCAAGUCAUU